UUGAUUUCUUUAAAGGCAGUAUCCUGUUUAAAUGUUACAUUUGAUAUAGAUGUCACGAUAAAAGGUGGCAAGAGAGGAAUCUCUUUUCCUCAAGGGCCAAACGGCCGUUCGAAUGGGGAGGCAUUUGUUGAAUUAGAUAACGAGAACGACAUCGAACGGGCCAUGGCUCACCACAAAGAGCAUAUGGGGCGUCGGUAUAUAGAGGUUUUCCGUUCUGAUGAAGCUGAGAUGAAGCGCGCCAUGGGCUGGCAGCCGGACCGGAAUAGGAAGGAAUUCUUCGCUCGUCUUCGUGGUCUUCCUUAUGAUACUGAGAAGCAGGAUAUCUUUAGGUUUUUUAACGAUCUCACAAUAGCGCCAGACGGGAUCGGGCUUUUGGUCGACCAUCUGGGCCGUUGCACGGGGGAUGCCUAUGUCCAAUUCACCUCGGCCGAAAUGCUAGCUCGGGCAAAGGAGAAGCACUUGGAGAAGAUAGGGCGAAGGUAUAUCGAAAUUUUCGACGCAACUGGCAUGGAGGCAUCGAUGGCUAUACGGAAGCAACAUGAAUUAAACAGUAAGCGUACUUUUUCCGCCUUCCAAUGUAACUCGGAUCGUCGGUUUCUAGAGGAACGGAGUGGCGUUGGGCCUAUGAUGCGACACGGGGGUCGCGGUGAUCGUGGUUAUUACGGCAAUCCGCCACCACCACCACCAGGGCCUCCCGGUCCACCCUAUCGCGGCUACGGUGGUGACAGCGGUUAUGGUUAUGGUGGCGGUCCUCGUGGCCCACCUCGACCUUGUCCCUAUUCCCGUCCCUACGGUUACGAUCAGCGCCCCCCGAGUCCUCGCGGCCCCUACGGUCCACCUUCAAUGGACUCUGGUGGCGGUGGUGGCCCAUAUGGUAGUCCUCGUGGCGGCGGCCUCCCGCCUCACGUAGUCCACAUGCGUGGUCUUCCCUUCCAAGCCACCACAGAUGAGAUAGCCGCGUUCUUCACUCCUGUGCAACCCGUCAACAUAACUCUUCGUUACAACGCGCAGGGUCGACCGACGGGUGAAGCGGAUGCCGAGUUUGCCACUCAUGACGAGGCAAAGGAGGCCAUGAAGAAGGACCGUGAGAAGAUAGGAACACGCUACAUUGAGCUCUUUCUUGAUUCCAUUCCCUCUCAUGGAAUGUCACAAUCGCCUGGUUAUGUUGGCGGCGGCGGUAGUUCUGCUGGCACAUCGUGGAACUACGGGCCGCCUUUCUAUGGUGGCGGUAGCACUGCGCCUCCCACACCUGGCGGUGGCGCAAACGGUGCUCCGGCUGCUUCAGUUGGGCGGUACAAUGGAGGCGGGAGGGCUCCUGGGGGACCACCGUCCCGUGGCUACUAUGAUUCGCCUAAUGAUGCUGGUAGUGGAGGCGCCGGCUAUUAUGGGACUGGCGGAGGCGACUAUGGUUAUGCUCCUCCUUCUGCCUCGGCACCUGUGGAUGAUCGAUAUGGUGGUGGGGACGUCCGCCGGAGCGAGAGUGGUAGUGGUGGCGGUUAUGGCGCGCCACCGCCAUCAUCAGCUGUUCCCUCCAAGGUUGAGGCUACUGACGACGGAUAUGACCGCUAUGAAGCCUCGCGAGAGAUGGAGAACUACUAUUGGUGA